ACAUUUGCCAGCGUCGGGUGAUUGGUUGGGAAAGCACAGGAGCGCACUGCGCAGCCGCGUAGCUCGAGCGAGAGAGAAAAGAAAGAAAGAAAGAAAAGUGCUGCUGUCUGCGACCGGCGAAGAGUCGGUUGCGCAUGCGCCGCGUGGGAGACGCUAGGCUGGAUUGCUGAAGAAGAAGAUGGACGAGCUUCAGUCUGCAGAGGAGGUAACGGUUCCUAAGGGCAGCGGCGUCCCUCCUCCUCCUCCUCCUCUUGGCGGGCGGGCGGGCGGCCGUGGAAGGAAGGGACGGCGCGCCCCUUUCUUCCGUAGCUGCGGGGACCUCCGUGGGGAGGGCGGUGGCGAUGGCGGGGUCCGCCCCUUUGCCCAUUGUCGGCCACGUUCCCGUUCCUGGAAGGUCGCCUGGCCCUCCUCUCUUGCCAGCCCCGGCGCUCCCGCCGCUUCCAGCCCUUGGGCUGAGAGGAGAGAUGCCGCCGCCAGGCUGCCUUACAAGCCCCGGGGUACUUUUCCUGCUGGCGGUGCUGCAUCUCCCCGCUCCCCCCGUGGUAGGGAUGGCUUGGGCCAGAAAGCGCCGCUCUUCGUACACGCAUUUGGGAGGUGCGCGUGCAGCAAGCCGAAGAAAUAAAUCUCUUGCCGGCUGGUCUAAUGGCCCAGGUUCUUGUCCUAAGGGAAACUUCGCAAAAUCGAAGAGGGAAGGGAAUUUGCCCCUCUUAAAGAAGAAGAGAAGGAAACUGGCAGGUUUCAUCUGGGGUGUGGCGGGAUCUCCUUUUGGCAUUCAGAAGUUACUGUUCCAUCAAAUCCAUGGUUAUGUGGCUAUAGAAAAGAGAUCCUCAGAUAUUCUUUCAGUGUUCAACUGAAUGUCCUAACCCUAAUCAUGAUCAGGUAGUAAACGUGGCCCAGGGUCAAAGGUGAGAUGGAGCCUCAUGUACUCCUCUCUGCAGAUGAGAUAUGUGUCUCAGUGAGUCAUAAACAUGUAUUUCAUAAAAUUUAUAUACGAGGAUUGAAAAACAAAAAACCACCGACACCUCAAAACCUUUAUUAUCAUUUAUAGUAAUGUUUAUUAUAUAUGAUAAUAAAAAUAUAAAAGAAAAAAGGGGGGAAGAUAAGAGUUGCCUUGAUGCAUGAGUGCCAGAAAGGCCUCCACAUAUUUAUGAAUAGAUUGUAAAAGGGGAGUAAAGGUAAAGGGACCCCUGACCAUUAGGUCCAGUCGCGGACGACUAUUGGGUUGUGGCGCUCAUCUCGCUUUACUGGCUGAGGGAGCCGGCGUUUGUCUGCGGACAGCUUCCAGGUCAAGUGGCCAGCAUGACUAAGCUGCUUCUGGCGAACCACAGCAGUGCACGGAAACGCCGUUUACCUUCCUGCCAGAGCGGUACCUAUUUAUCUACUUGCACUCUGAUGUGCUUUCCAACUGCUAGGGUGGCAGGAGCAGGGACCGAGCAACGGGAGCUCACCCCGUCGCGGGGAUUUGAACUGCCAACCUUCUGAUUGGCAAGCCCAAGAGGCUCUGUGGUUUAGCGCCACCCGUGUCCCUAAAAGGGGAGUAGUUGUGGCCUUUUAUGUGUUCCCUGGCCAUUAUAUAUGCCUACCACCUCUAUUCUAUAAGUGUUUGAAGGGAUGUUAAACAUAUGCUUUUAUGUGACUGCUUAAGAAGUUCAUUUGCUGCAGUUAUAAGCAUUAAGGAAUCGCUUGGCACACUUUGCGAUGGCAGGAUUCUAUGUCUGGUGAAGUAGAAACACAGCGUUAGAUGCUUAGGGAAAUAAAUCAAAUCUGAUUAAUGUUUGAAGCAUUAGCCUGUUUGUUAAAACUACAUUUGUGUCAGUACUGCAAAUUGCUUACUUGGUUUAAAUGUUAUCUCUGGCUUCUUUUUCUCUUCUUUCCCCCUGCAAGACUGCGUUUAUUGUGGAUGAAGUAAGCAACAUUAUAAAAGAGGUAGGAUGGUGUUUAUGCUACAUAUAUCCUCAUUCCACAGCAUCUGCUAUAUUUCCACUGCACCCCGUAACUCCCUUUAAAAAGAUAAAUAUAUCACUGCUGCAUUGUGGAAAAUACACAUUGCACUGAAUUGUAAGGCUGCAAUCACUCACACUUACCUAGGAAUAGGUCUCAUUGAACUCAGUGGUACUUGUGAGUAGACAUGCCUAAGUUUGUGUUGUAAGCCCACAUUUAAAGUGGCAACAUGAGCUAUGUAAACAGCCUCUUAACACACAUUGCAAUGUGAAUUAUUUAAAUUUUGCUCCGAAAUAUGUGUGGGUCUGUGUGCUCAUAAUUUUGUUAUUGGUGUAUACAUUUUGUACAAUUACAUACAGAUACAUAUUAUUUCAUUUGAAACAUUUCUAGGGGAUUGUGACUCGCUGGCUCUGUUUUGUGAACAUUUCACCUCUCCAGCUAGUGAUAUAGUGUCUUAAAAGUAUGAAAGCGGCAAAGCAGGGCAGUUCCCACAAGUGAAAGGGAUGGGAGGGAGGACCAGAAUCUCUUGAAUACAUAGAAAACAUUUCUGCAUAUGCAGAUUGUCUCUCCGAGGGGAAAAACCCACUCCCCCAACUUUACUUUAUAGUCCCUCAUGCUAUGUUGAAUUCACUCUGGAGGUGACUCCUGAUCUGCAGGGAUGAUUUUUCUGGGAGUAUCAAGAGCUGCAGUGGGAAGAGGAGUAGAGGCUCGUUGGCCUUAUGUCAUACUUUUAAUCCCAGCCAGCCUGUAUAGAAGAAACAAUCCUAUUUUGAUAUCCUCAUAGAAUUGCAUUCAUAAAGGUUUUUACCUCUCUUUUUAAACGAUUAAGCAUAUCAAAUUUAGGACUUCGUCUUGUAAUAUGAACUGACUUCUGGCCUAAUCUGCAAGCUAGUUAAAUCUACUUGAAUCACCGUGGUGACAUCAGUAUUUAAUGUAUGUACCUUGGCUUAAAUGGAGUGGACUGUUCUAUUUCAUGAGAUUCCAACUUCAGGAAUAAUCUUUUGGUUACUUGCAGCUAUAGAAUUAAUAUAGUUAGUAGAUGUAGAGCAAAUUUACUCUAGUUAUGUGUUACCUGGGUACCAGUGUCUUGUUUGCUAAUCGUCUGUUGUGGCAACCUUCCUGGCGAUUAGUGAAGGCUUAGGAGCACAAGCUAAAUAUGUUGUACAUGCCAUUCUUUGUUAAGCAAAUAUAUAAUUGGUAACUUAUCAAGUAUGUACAACUCAUCUGUGUAAAAAACCUGCAUGCCUCCCUUGCAUGUUUUGUGGUGGUGGUGGUGCUGGUGUUUAUUACUCACUUUUCACCCUAAAGCCCCAAGGCAGGUUACAGCAUUAAAAACAUUAAAAACAAUUUAAAAUAAUAGGGCUAUUAGAUGCUAGUACACUCUGCUACAGUAAUGUUUGCAAAUAUAGAAUCUGCACGAAAAAGCAUGAAAGGACCACAACUUAGUGACAUUCAAUGAACAGCCACUCCCUUGUUCUCAGUCUUGGCACUAAUGCUUUACAGAGUGUGAAAUCUAUGCCUACAACCGCAGGAUAAGACUGAGUAAGCCAGACACCCAUUUAUUACAGAGGGUAUUGAUUUGGGCUGUUUAGCCUCUUGUUGCAAGAUCUCAUUGUCACUCCCUCUGUAGCUUCAGAAGUGGAAGACGUCUUUCUCCCUCUAUGUGUUUCUGGUGAUACAUUAAAUGUUGUUCAUAACGUUCCUAAUAUUUUUUAGGUACUGGGGAAAGACCGAAAAGCAACACAGUCCCUGCCUCCAUGCUUACAAUCUGUCAAACACAGCACAUAAGAGAUGUGUUACUGUUCAACAGGUGCCUGUGCUCACCUGAACACCAUCACUGGUGGCACUGCAGCUCACCAUGAGGGGUGAGGUUGGCACACUGCUUGGAUCCUAGGUUGCCUCAAUCCCACCCCUGCUGCACUCCCAGAACACCAACAGUGCAGUUACUGCCCACAGAGCUUUUUACAUGCAUGGCCUUCGCAGUGGACAUUGUCUCCCACUGGCAGAGAAGUGUGUCUGCUCCACUGUAAUUAGGAUUGCAGUUGCCUCAGAAUAAAUAUGAGGCGCCAUAUUGUUGGUUACCUGCCCAAAUCAUUCUUGCAAAGGUGGGGGGGUGUCUGUGUGUGUUUGGAACUCUUGAGAUUGAUCCACCACCUCACAGAUGGCAGCUCAAGCUAGCAUUUCAGUGAUCAUUGCUUAUCAGUAUGGCUGUUAAUUGGUUCUGGGUUUUCCUUCUUGUUUGAUGGUGUGAUCUGUGUUUGAUGGUGUGAUCUGUGUUGCUUGGAAAAAACAUUGACAUAUUUAUUCUAGCUUUUGAAAUCAAUGCAUGCUUUUUAAAAAAUUAAAAUUCCAUAGCAGCCUGGUGGUAAUUUGAACCUCUCUUUGUUUGCAGGCCAUAGAAGGAACAAUAGGUGGCAAUGCAUAUCUGCACAGCAAAGUGAAUCAAUGGACUACAAGUGUUGUAGAGCAAAUUCUGAGUCAUCUCACAAAGCUGGGGAAACCUUUCAAAUAUGUUGGUAAGUGAAUGGGUUUCUGUGCUCAUUGUAUUAUUGUUUUGACAAAUGGUUUUGAGUAAAACCGAAAAUUAAACUCUAAAAUGGAAAUUGCAGGUGAGGGGGCAAAAACUCUCGGUGAUUAGUUUAAUAACUGCUGUGACCCUAAAAGGUCAUUUAAGAUAAGAGAUGUUUACAUAGGCGUUUAAGGCUAAAAACAGAUGUGGAUGUAACUGUGUAGCUUAUGCCAUGGAAACAUUCCAUUUUCUAACAAUACUAUAUCUUCAAUUUACAGUGACAUGUGUGAUUAUGCAAAAGAAUGGUGCUGGACUUCAUACUGCAAGCUCUUGCUUCUGGGACAACUCUGCUGAUGGUAACAAGAAUGUUUUAAUACUUUGUCUUAGUUUCUCCAUUGAAAUGUUUCACAAGAUAUUUGUGUGACUCCAGAAGAGAAAAAUCAACAUACACCUGUUCUGUGGUAAUAAACUUCUAAUACUAGAAGUUACAAGUGAACAUGGGGCAAGUUGUUCUUGUUAGAAGUGCCUUAUUCCCUUAUUUCCCUAGGGUAGCUAGUAGAGCAUCUCUGCUUUAAAAUUGAAGGAUUGUAGAGUUGGAAGGAGCCCCGAAGAGUUGCCUCUUCCAACCUCCUGUAAUGCAGGAAUCUCGGCUAAAGCAUCCAUGACAGAUGACCAUUCAACCUCUGCUUUAAAACCUCCAAGGAAUGAGAGUCCACCAUCUUCCACUGUCGAACAGCUCUUACUGUCAGAAAGUUCUUCCUGAUACUUAGUUGGAAGAAUCAUCAUCACCAGUGAAUAAACAUAUAUGCUUCCUGUGGAAGAAUAAAGUGUGACUGAAUGUUGGUGUAAUGUGGUUCAAUAAUUUUAGGUUCCACUGCUCCAAAUGAUGGGAUGUUGCCUAUGUGGUACGGAGUUGGCUGAGGCUUAAACUUAGCAAGUGUGGCUUAAGAUGCAAUAGAUCUGUUCUAUGUGUUCUUUAAAUUGAAAGCUAUGAAUUUUAUGAUCUGAUGUAGUUCUUCUGUAUAUAGUAUGGCCACCUGAUUGACUGACUUCUCUUUUUGUAGGAACCUGCACUGUGAGAUGGGAGAACAAGACUAUGUACUGUAUUGUCAGUGCCUUUGGACUCGCAAUAUAAUUGCCUUGGAAUUCUUCAGCCUUUGUGUCAUCCCUUCCAUUUCAUAUAUCCACUAAAACUGUGAAUUCAGUGAACAACUUUCUUUUUAAAGAACUUCUGUCUUCUUCCUGUGAGAAAAUGGGGAAGCAAUUUCUAUGCUGUUACAUAAACACAUCACCUCUUAUCCAUAUCAAAUCACUUCCUGUCUUAACACUUUAAGGACUCUUUUCUCAAGGUGCUAAAACCUGAAACAUGCUGCACUUCUUCAGCUUUAUUGCAACUGGUUUGAAUAAGACUAAUUUCACACAAUGCUUUUGUUUGUUAUUAAAUUAUUGAAGUUCUG